AUGGAGUCGUUGAAAAAAGACGACGUUAAAGGGCGAGCUACGGCGACCAAGGGACGAGAUGCCGGAGGAGAGGGCGGCGAAGUCGCAAUUAGCUUUAUUAGGGACGAGAUCGAGGAGACAGGACACGACGAGGAAACCCUGAAUUGCACAAAAUUCAUUUUAUUAACAUUGGUAAUUAAAUAUAUCGAUUAUGAUGAUUGCCAUGGUGUUUAUAACUGUGAUGAUGAUUAUGAUGCUUUGUAUGAUGAUUAUGAUGAUUAUGAUGUUUGGUGCGAGGACUAUGAUGAUUAUGAUGAUGAGUAUGAUGUUUGGUAUGAUGAUUAUGAUGAUGAUUAUGGUGUUUGGUAUGUUGAUUAUGAUAAUUAUGAUGAUUGUGUUGAUUAUGAUAAUGAUUAUGAUGGUUAUGACAAUGAUUAUGAUGAUUAUGAUAAUUAUGAUGUUUGGUAUGAUGACUAUGAUGAUUAUGAUCACGAGUAUGAUGUUUGGUAUGAUGAUUAUGAUGAUGAUUAUGGUGAUAAUGCUUAUGAUGUUUGGCAAGAUGAUUAUGAUAAUGAUUAUGAUGUUUGGUAUGGUGAUUAUGAUAAUGCUUAUGAUGUUUGGACGAUUAUAAUAAUGAUUACAAUGGUUAUGAUGAUUGGUAUUAUGAAUAUGAUUAUGUUUCUUUAUGAUGACUAUCAUAAUUGUGAUGAUGAUUGA